AUGGAGGCAAUAUGUGAGUCUAACAAGCUUGGCAUUCCCUGUACAAAGUGUUCUCCAAACAGCAGCUGUAGAUCUUGUGACGGAUCACAUUACGGGGUCUGGUGUGAACGUCAGUGUUCUCCCGGAUGUAUACCUGGAUCAUGUGAUGAGCUUCCUGGAGAGUGUUCGAGAUGUAAAGAUGGGUUCCAUGGAAACCAAUGUCAAUUUUCUAAAAAUUGUACCUGUACGAACUGUUCCUUAGCAUGCACCGAGUGUAAUAUUUUGUAUCAAGAAUGCACCCGAUGUAAAGUUUCCAGAUAUGGUCAAUUUUGUCAGUAUCAGUGUCCUCCUAACUGUGAUGCAUGUUAUAUAAACAACGGCACGUGUCGGACAUGUAAAGACGGUCAUUUUGGAGAAAAUUGCUCAGAUCAAGUGAGAACGGACGUAGGGAAAAUACUCUUUUGGGUGUUGUUUCCUAUUGGAUUUAUCGCCGUAUUAGCCUCACCCUUUCUUCUGAAAAAAUUUGGUAGACGUUUUUUAUGUUCUAAGUCCUUUUCAUUCUUCAAACAUACAAGAACACCAGCCCUAAAUCUAUCCGAACAGGCAAUGAUGACACGUAACACACUGAACAGAAGCCGUGUAAUAUUAGAACCCGAGGGAAAUAGCCACUACCUAGACGACCCGUACGAUGGUGUAGUACAAGUCGUAGUGACCUUCAGUAACAUCAAAACUAAAAGUUUGUCCAUAGAGCAGUUUGUCAAAGACACCCACCAAAAGAUGAUGGCCAAUGAAUUCCGUUCAGAAUUCAAGAUUCUGCCGAAUGGCCUUAUGAAUUUGCACACAGAAGCUUUGAAAAUGGAAAAUAGUACGAAAAACAGAUUCAAAAAGAUAUAUCCUUAUGAUGCAAACAGAGUAAUAUUGGAACCUAUUGGAAGUCUUUUUCCUGGGAAUUACAUCAAUGCCAGUUAUGUUAAUGGAGUUUACAAGGAAAACGCCUACAUUGCAGCACAAGGACCGUUUACUCCGCAGACCAUUGUGGAUUUCUGGAGAAUGGUCUGGCAAACGCAGAGCAAGAGAAUUGUAAUGCUUACACGAUUAACAGAAGGAAAUGCGGAAAAAUGUAUGCAAUAUUGGCCGGGAAACGCAGGGGAAUUUGGACCUUUCUCAAUAAUUGUCCAAAAGGAAGAUAGCAUGGAUAAAUUUACAAUACGAAAAUUUAUUGUUAGAAUGGGGGAAGAGACCAGGCGGGUGACACAGUACCAGUUUACAGUCUGGCCUGAUACAAAAGUCCCACAUAACCUCGAGGCGCUUCUUUGUUUUCGAAACAUCUCUAAAAAUUCAAUAAGUCCCAACGAAGGACCAAUAAUUGUACAUGGAAGUGCGGGUAUUGGUCGCACUGGGUCAUUUAUCGCCCUGGACUACCUCCUAGAGAAGGGAUUUAAGGAGGGAAGUGUUGACGUCAAGAACUGCGUCAUCAACCUGAGACAACAAAGAGCUUUCUCCAUCCAGUCCGUUGACCAGUAUAUUUUCCUGCAUGAUGCACUGGUGGAAGGUUUGACAAAUCUGACAUUAAAUUGUGCGCUUCAUGUGGUGGAUGAAAUGUGAUUUAAGUACUUUGAAACCCUAGUAAAAUCAACCUUUGUAUGAAGUUAAACAUUGUAUAACAGUUGCAUU